CCGAAUCCUGCUUUCCUCCUUAUCUGUAGCAAAACACGAGACGCAAUCGUGAGAGCGAAAAAGAAAAAAAAUGACUUCUUCACUUCGUCCGGCCCACUCUCUUCUCCCCCCUCAUCUUCGUCCCCAUCAGUUCAAACUCAAAACCGCAGAAACUCUGACAUCCUUCAACAAAAUUUGCACUGAACCCAAGCCCUCAUCUUCAAUUUCUUGUAGCUGCAUCUCAAAUCCCUCGACGAAUUCUGCCGCAGUAGUGAAGAGCAAGCGGGUCAGGUACAGAAAAGCUUAUCCCGGCGAAGCCAAAGGAAUCGUCGAAGAGAUGCGAUUCGUCGCGAUGAAGCUCCGAAAUGACAACAUUGAAGCGGCGGCGCGGCGCGGGGGUUCCGACGCGACGAGCGACACGUGGCGGCCGAGCAUGGAGGGCUUUGUCAAGUACUUGGUUGAUAGCAAGCUCGUCUUCGAAACCUUAGAAAAGAUCGUCGACGAAUCCACCGAUGUCGCAUACACUUACUUCAGGAAAACUGGUUUGGAGCGCUCAGCCAGUAUAUCAAAAGAUUUAGAAUGGUUCAGGCAACAAGGGAUUGACAUUCCCCAACCAAGCUCUCCUGGAGUAACUUAUGCCACUUACCUUGAAGAAUUAUCUGAGAAAAGUGCUCCAUCAUUCCUAUGUCAUCUAUACAACAUUUACUUUGCGCACAUAUCGGGUGGCCAGGCGAUAGGUAGACAGGUGUGUGAAAAGCUUUUGCAAGGAAAGGAACUCGAGUUCUAUAAAUGGAAGGGCAAUGUGAUGGAGUUGUUGAGCGAUGUAAGAGAGAAGCUCAACAGUCUUGGAGAGCACUGGUCUCGAGAUGAGAAGAAUAGAUGUCUAAGAGAAGCAACCAAGGCUUUUCGAUAUUCUGGUCAGCUGAUUCGCUUGAUUAUUUUGUAGUGAAUUUCAUAUUCUGUCGUUUCCUAACUAGGAGAUCCACCGCUUCUGUGAGAGAAGUCAUUUUAUGUGAGUUAAGCAUAACGAAGCUCAGUUUCUAGAGUGCUCAACAUUCAGCAGCCUGGUCGAUGUGCAAUCGAUUGAACUCCUCGAGGAUGUUUGUCAUUGUAGGUUAUUAUCGACGAAUCUAACCGCGGGUCAUAUUGGGAUUUGCAAAUUUCUAAUGAUUUAGGCAAAUCAUGAAUGUAUGAAUUGGGAGGGAUUAUUGGACUAUUUAUAGUGCGGAUAUCCUCUCUCUUAAAUGGUACCGUCUCCUCUUUGGAUUUAAAAACUUCAUUUCGGUGAGUU